AUGCCCCGAAGAGGGCGAACGCAAAGCCGUGAAGAUGGCCUUCAAAAGGGCCCUCAAAUUCAUGGCUCGAAGUCAGGAGUGAAGAUAUCAUCUGAAAGUGGGACUAAAGACCUGAUCCAGAGGUUUGACUGUAACACAAUGUCCGUAAUUGUGGUCAACGACUUAUGGGAUGAGUUGCGGGAGGAGAACCGAUGGCUGCGGCGACGGCUGCGAUACCAGCGGCACAUGUAUGAGCUCUUGGAGGACUUCCGGGUGAACGCCACGGAUCUGUUGACAGAGUGCCGGUGCGGCAAAACAGGUGAUCGUUUCGCAGAGAUUCUUCAAGAGUUUGAGCGACAGUUAGGGUACGUUAUGGGCACGCAUUGGGUGCCCGGUCUGGACGAUGACCACGUGGUGGACACCGAUGAUGAACUGGUGGUCACCGAUAAUGAAGAGUUGGUUAGCGAUGACAAAACUGAGGUGGAAGUGGUGGACAUCACCAGUGAUAAUGAAGAGGUCGCGGAGACCGAUGAGGGCAUCGGAAUGACACCACCGAUGGUUACGCGGGUUGCGGACAAUCACAUGGAUAGCAAUACCAAUGAAGACGUGACUGAAGAGGUUGUGGACAAUAGCGUCGAUUCAAACGAUACAUGGAUUACCGGCGAUAACUCGCUGCCAAUUGUUGGCCCGUCGACAGCGAGAGUAAUGGCAAUCAAUAGAGACGACAACCCAUCAGUCGCUGAUUCGAUGGACAAACCAAUGGCCGAAGAUGUGGUCACAUAUUUGGACGCCAAUCCGGACACAGACGUUGUGAUCGACGUAUCGGUCGGCGACAUGCCGUCAAUAGUGACGCCCAAGAAACUGGUCACCACUUCCGGCGCCACACAUCGGCCACAAAGCCUGACAUUCGAUGUCCACACCUAUGGAUCAGUUGAUGAUCCGUUGGACAAACCGAUCGAAGAGAUGAUAGUCACGUAUUUGGACGCCGAUCCAGACACAGACGUUGUCAUCGACGUCGCGUCCGCCGGUGACCGGCCGUCAACAGUGACGCCUAAACCAGUGGUCACGACCACCACUGCGACGACACGUCUGACACAAAACCCGACUUCAGUUGUCCGCACCGAUGGAUCAGCUGACGAAGAGUUCGACGAACCGAUGGACGAGGAUUUCAAUUUGGGAACCGUUUUGGGCGACAUAUCCGCCACCGAUUGGCUGUCAACGGUUCCCAUUGAAUUCCCAUCAGCGGUCUCGACGUCGACACCCAAACCACAGAUCACUGGCUCCGCCACCGGCGCCACAGGUGUAUCGCGAGCGGCGACGACACCCUAUGGCCGUCAACACCGGUGCCGCAAAUGCAACCAAUCGUUCACAAACGGGCCAUCGCUUGACCGUCACGUGACACUCGUUCACACCAAAUACGUGGCCAACGCUGAACUGCUGGCGCUGGCGGCCAAGCCGUACGCCUGUCAUCGGUGUCUCUAUACCACCGACCGGGCGGUCAAACUGGACAAACACUUGGCGGAGAAACACAGCGCUAAGUUAGGACCGCCGCCGCUGACACGCGUGACGCCCGGC